AAUAAUUGGGAAUCAGAUUAUCAUACAGCUCUCCCCAAAGAACUUGCACACAGCUUCUUCACCAAUUCUGUUGGGAGACUGAUGCUUUACAGAAAACUUCACAAUUGAAUGUUACCAGCUGAUCUGCAGUAGCAAAGGCGCAUAUAGUUUUACUCGAUGUGAGUUCAUUUUUAUGAUCUAUACCUUUCGAAAGAGUACUGUCACUGCAGAUUGAAUUUGCAGCGGCUUUCUUGCAGCCAGAUGGUGCAAGAAGUAAGAUGUUCAACAAUACUUCAGGGAGAAAAGACUUUCGAGCAAAGCAAGAAGGCGAUAGCAAUGAGCCCAUGGUACCAAAGCAUACAUCAAUGUCAAGACAAUGGGCAGGCUUUAAGAACCCUCGAAUUGUAAGGGUAUCAAAGGCUUUUGGAGGAAAAGAUAGGCACAGCAAGGUCUGCACUGUAAAAGGACUAAGAGACCGAAGAAUUAGGCUUUCAGUCCCUACAGCUAUUCAAUUGUAUGAUCUUCAAGAUAGGCUAGGGUUAAACCAACCCAGCAAGGUCAUAGAUUGGUUGCUCGAUUCAACUAAAGAUGAUAUUGAUAAGCUUCCACCCCUCCAAAUGAUAACUGGAGAUUUCAAUCAACUGCAUCCAGUACCAGCCUUAGUUCCUCAAGAUUUGAAUUCUCCUCAAAUUUCUUUCUCUCAGUUCCUUAGUACUCCAAAUACAGCAUUCAUAAAAGAUGUAGGAAACCGAACCUUACUUUAUACCAAACAAGGAAUGAAGCAUGACAAUGAUAUUGAUAAUGACAUCAAUAUUGGAGAUCAUCAAAGAUUGAAAGGGAAGGAAGCAAUUGUCGAAAGCAAGUGGAAUGAUCAAGAAGAAAAUGGAGAUGGCAAUGGAGGUUUGAACUUUUUUCCCAUACCUCAAUUUUCUUAUCCAGGAUUGUUGCCGUACAACCAUUACUAUAAUUGGGAACCUCCUUCAAAUCUAUCAAUAUCCCAGUUUGGGAACCAAGGACUAGUUCCAUCUCAAACUGAUUCUUCAACGACUCUCCCAUCUGCAUCCCAGUUUUUUUUGUGUCCUCCUGCUGCUACGACACCUUCACCUUUCCCUCCAUAUCUCAUGCCUACUUUGGGGGAGAAUCAAGAUCUUAUUAGACAAAACAAUCACUUCCAUUUGUUAACCUCAAGUUCCCAACAUGUACCACCAAAUUCCCUCAUGCCACUACUUCACCUGAGUGAUUCUCAAGAGAAAGUAUCCUUCAGUUUGGAUGCACAUCCCAAGGUCCAUCAGCAGAACAAUGACGAUAGAUGAUUGCCUAUGAUCGAGAUGACAAGGACACGAUCACUUCACAUGCUUCAUAGUUAUCAUUACAGAACACACACAUUUAUAUAUUUUAUAUAUAUGAUUUCUUAUAACUAGAUUAAUGGUGUGCAAUAUGCAUAUGCAUGGAGACUAUAUAUAUAGUAUUUACAUGAUGUUUGAGCU